CGGCAAGUUGUUGCACUCAGCUCUAUCCAAGCUGUUAUGACGAUUACUCUGUCAGCGCCGUGAGAUAUUGUACAUGUCACACAUGCGAAAGAGCAGAAUAUAAUUCAUUGCAAGCUCGGAGAAAUAGCCCGCAUGCUAAGUCGCCUCCUGCAGACACUGACGGAGAGAGUAGAAUGGAAAAGUGGACGAAGAUAACUUCGACACUUACAUGUAAUCUAUCUUCUAAAUAUCACCUCGUCAAACUAACACCAUGUCAACAUCGGAUGAAAAUGUUCACAAAUUAUAAAUUGCGGGUUUUAUUUAAGUAGGAAUGACUAGAAAAAAGACUGGUGUAAACCUUGCAAGAUCUGAAGUUGACUAUCGCCAGCAAAAUCACGAUUGAAAAAAAUCUCGACGAGGAGAGAAUCGAGGAAAGAAUAUAUCGUAAAGACAAAUAUUUGCACGAGGACGAGAAGGUGAAAAGCGUAUGAGGGAAAAUGCCGGAUUGUGAAAGAUGUAUAUUUCCGAAAGCGAGAAAAAAUGGGAGAAGCCGAAGGGGGAGGCGAAAAUGCACACAAUCUGAAAGCCGAAACUCGGCGGAAAAGGGGAAAGAGAGCGAGCGGGUAAAGAGCACAGAAAUAGAUGGCGAUUAGAUGAGAGUUAGCGCCACCGCUGGGAAGGAAAAGUGCUCAGAACACACAAUUAAUGCACCUGUACGGGGGCCUGACGUGGAGCUGGACGUGCGUCAUUCGGCCAAAAUGACCUGUAAGCCCAUUUCCCGUUGCAGCCCCUCUACGUAAUAGGGAUGCACAUCGACCUGCCAGACCGACUUAAAGACAAUCAGUGAAUCUGCAAUGGCCAAUAAUAGUGGCAGUGUGAGAGGAAUGUGAGAGCUGGUAUUAUUAGUGGCCGAGCGCGUAUGCACCAUGCGUAAUACUGUGUACGCCUUUUCAGCCAUACCAAGUACGUAUGGUCCGAAGCUUGAAUGUAUGAAUGUAUGUACAACAACCUCGGUGACAUGCUGGGCAGCCCACGAAGGUGCGAUCGAUGGUGCCAAUGGACGGCGCCUAUUUCUGUUCUCCUAGUUGCUGCUGCUUCGAUCGGUGGUCGAUCGAGCCCUCUCCCCCUCCCCUCCCCUCCCCUCCUCUUACAUCCAUUAAGCGAGGGUGCUAUUUCGAGCGGCAUGGACAGAAUCUCCGUUGCGAAUUGAAGGCCGGCGAGGGGCCAUUCAACUACUCUUGCACUAAAGCUGAUGAAGGUGACCUCAGCAGAUUGUGCUGCAACAUGUCGACCGGCCCAGGGCCUUGCUCGCUGUGUCACCUCGGAUCAGAUGCGGUGAGGCCGUGAGAAUUACAUCCUGAGAAUUUCGAUCGACUCGAGUUACACCCGAGCCAAAAAUUCCAAUCAUCAAAUUUUAUUCGUACAGCACUCUCUCCACUCCCUCCGUUCUCACUUGCACAACGGAGCUUCCUUAAUUCCCGACCACUCACUAUCGUUUUCUAAGAUAUUUCCUUCUUAAUUUGUUUCGGGCCCCAAACAAACGGCCAGUGUAGUUAAUGAAUGUCGAAUCGUGAGUACGCUAACAGAAACACACGAUUAAAAAAAAAAGAUCCCCGCUGAGACGUGGGUCUAAUCCAUUGAUUAC